AUGUUGCUGCGCGGGAGCUGGCGGCGCCUGGUGCUACCCGCGGCGCCGCGCCCCGGGCACCGCCGGGCGGGCAGUGAGGUCGGGGCGGCGGCCGCACCGCGCUACGAGGUGGUGGUGAUCGGUGGGGGCCAUGCGGGGACGGAGGCGGCGGCGGCGGCCGCUCGCGGCGGGGCCCGCACGUUGCUGCUCACGCACAGGAUCGGCACCAUCGGGGAGAUGUCCUGCAAUCCCUCCUUCGGUGGCAUCGGGAAGGGGCACCUCAUGAGAGAGGUGGACGCCCUGGACGGGCUCUGCGGCCGGCUCUGCGACCGCUCCGGGGUGCACUACAAAGUGCUGAACCGCUGCAAGGGCCCGGCGGUGUGGGGCCUCCGCGCCCAGAUCGACCGGGGCCGCUACAAGGAGAACAUGCAGAAAGAAAUCCUUAACACACCACUGUUGACAGUUCAUGAGGCAUCUGUGGAGGAUCUUCUCUUGACAGAACCAGAACCAGACCAUCCUGGGAAAUGCCAAGUCACAGGAGUUGUUCUGGGGGAUGGGAGCACAGUACAUGCUGGGAGUGUUAUCUUGACCACCGGUACGUUUCUGAGGGGUAUGGUCCUCAUCGGACUGGAGAUGCACCCGGCUGGGCGGCUAGGGGACCAGCCAGCCAUCGGGCUGGCUCAGACUCUGGAGAAACUGGGAUUUGCUGUGGGCAGGCUGAAGACUGGGACGCCGCCCCGACUUGCCAAAGACACGAUUGACUUCAGCGGUCUGGAGGAACGCGCAGCUGACAAUCCUCCGGUGCCGUUCAGCUUCCUCAGCGAGGCUGUGUGGAUCAAGCCGGAAGAUCAGCUGUCAUGUUACCUGACUCGCACUACCCUGAAAGCCCAGCAAAUUAUCCGUGAUAACCUCCACCUGAACAACCACAUAAGGGAGACAACAAGGGGCCCGCGGUACUGUCCCUCUCUUGAAUCAAAGGUUCUGCGCUUCCCAAACCGAGAACAUCAGGUGUGGCUAGAGCCGGAAGGCUUAGAGUCCAAUGUCAUUUACCCCCAAGGCACAUCAAUGACGCUGCCACCUGAGCUCCAGGAGCAGGUGAUCAAAUCCAUCCCAGGCUUGGAAAAAGCCAAGAUGUUACAGCCAGGCUACGGGGUGCAAUAUGAUUUUUUAGAUCCCCGUCAACUGACUGCUUCUCUCGAGUCUCGUCUUGUUCAGCGCCUCUUCUUUGCAGGCCAGAUAAAUGGCACUACAGGCUAUGAAGAAGCUGCAGCUCAGGGUGUGAUUGCUGGGAUCAAUGCUUGCCUACGGGUUCAUGGCAAGCCCCCUUUCACUGUCAGUCGCACCGAAGGCUACAUUGGUGUCCUGAUCGAUGACCUUACCACUCUGGGCACCAGCGAACCAUAUCGGAUGUUCACCAGCCGCGUGGAGUUCCGCAUGUCCCUCCGGCCUGACAAUGCCGAUGCUAGGCUCACCCACAGAGGUUUUGAAGAAGCUGGGUGUGUGUCACAGCAGCGAUAUGAACAAGCAGUUAAGAUGAGAGCUGCUUUAGAGGAUGGAAUUGCAACACUAAAAUCCCUUCAGUUCAGCAUAUCCAAAUGGUCCCAGUUAAUACCAGAAGUUCCCAUCAGUAGCAGUCGAAGGUCGCCUGUCAGUGCCUUUGACAUCCUUCAGUAUCCGGAGGCCAACAUGGAGGUUCUGGCAAGGGCUGUCCCAGAACCCCUGGGAAAGCUUGCUCAAUGGAGAGAACUGGCAGACAGAUUGAAAAUAGAAGCUGCUUACGAGUGGUGUGUAGUCAAUCAACAGCAGGAAAUAGAAGAAGUGCGUCGUGACGAAGCCCUCCGACUGCCAGAGGACCUGGAUUACUUUGCCAUUGAUGCAUCACUCUCAGCAGAGGUGCGGGAGAAACUGGACUCUAACCGUCCCCAGACGAUUGGUGCAGUCAGCCGCAUCCCUGGAAUUACACCAGCUGCUAUCGUUAACCUGCUAAGAUUUGUGAAAACCAAUCACCGGAAGACAGAGAAGCUACAAGCUUUACCUCAGACUGGCAAGUAUUUAGCAGGGAAAAUGCACUCAGAGAAAGCAACUUCCCAAAGACAGAUUUCAGGAGAGUUUUCUGAAGAGGAGCGAGAGUACCUUUGUUAAAAUGUCUUUGUAGAGAAGCGUACCCCUCCUGCUGGAGUACGUGGCAAGAUCACCUGCGCUCACAAGCCUCUUCACAGAUAAAACCCUGCUGGCUGGAUCCAAAGCAGUUCUAGUUGAGUCCUGUGGCAGUGUCAUUGAGUAGAACAAAGGUGACGAAUGUGCAAACCUUAAGUAAAUGCUCAGGAACCUAAAUACAGCCAGUGAUUUUGCCAAUCCAAAAGAAAAGACAGGGGAAUUGCUUUUAAAAUUCUACUCAUUUGGAAGAUGUCAGAUAGUCGAAAUCUGUUCUAAAGCAUCUUGGAAAGGACAAUGUUUUGCUCUUCUGAAAUGAGUAAGAAAUGUUACCAUGCUGAACCUGCUGCAGCACAAGAGGAUUUGAGCUGGAAAGUGUGUUCCAUUGACUUCAGUACUUGCGUUCAUAGCUGUGCAGUGACUACGCACAGUCUGAUGUUUUAGUGUGAUGUCAGCCAAUAGGAAACACUUGGCUAUGCAAAUGCGUGCCACACGAAUAUUUAAACUUACGUAGGAGACUGAUUGAAUGUAAACACUGUAUCCUGGGGUUUUUUUUCUCCUUAAAAUAAAUAAAGCUUAUCUUGAAACUUGC